CCCGCCGCUGUCCAUCACACUCUCUUUGACAGUCUCCCUAAAGAGUCACACGACAACUUCCAGUAAUGGAUCUCCCCUUAAUUAUAGGCCUUCUCUCUGCCGCCUUACUCUUCCCUUUAGCUCUCGUUUCCUUCGCCUACAUCAGGUUGAUCUGCAGGCGCAACGCACCCUCUCGCGACGGCCGCGAGAGCCCGACCGACCCGGAGCUGGGCAAGGAGCCUGAGGCGGCCAAGGGCGAUGGCGACGUCGCCCUUCGCCGGUUCCGGUGGGCGGAGGUCGAGUCGCUCACUGGCAACUUCGCUCCCGCCGCCGUGAUCGGCGAGGGCGGCUUCAGCACCGUCUACCUCGCUUGUCUCGCCCCCGACGCGUCCCCGGCUGCCUUCAAGCUCCAACGCCCCAGCGAGCGCCUCCACCGCGCCUUCCGACAGGAGCUCGACGUUCUCAUCCGUCUCCGUCACCCCUACAUCGUCCGGCUUCUUGGCUACUGCGACGACCGCGAAGGAGGAGUUCUGGUGUUCGAGUACGUACCGAACGGGAGUCUCCACGAGAAGCUUCAUGGCGAUGGUGGCGGCGCAGUGCUGCCGUGGGCGCGGCGUAUGGCCAUCGCCUACCAGCUCGCCCAGGCCCUCGACUAUCUGCACGACGGAUGCGAUAUCCAGAUCGUGCACGGAGACGUCAAGGCGUCGAAUGUGCUCCUGGACGAGCGGCUCGAGCCCAAGCUGUGCGACUUCGGAUCCACCCGGGUGGGCUUCUCCGCGGCGGUCCUGCCGCGGGCCGCUCACCCGAUGCUAGGCUCGCCCGGCUACGUCGACCCGCACUACCUCCGGACCGGCACGGUCUCCAAGAAGAACGACAUCUACAGCUUCGGCGUGCUGCUCCUGGAGCUGAUCACCGGCUCGGAGGCGUUCGACUCGGCAGCGGAGCGGAUGCUGACGGCCGCGGUGGGCCCGGCGCUGCGGGACCCGUUUGCCAGGGCGGGGGAGCUCGUGGACCGCAGGCUGGCCAGGGCGUACGACGCGGCUGAGGUUGCCGCGGCGGCGUCGAUGGCAGCGGCGUGCGUCGGGGACAACCCCAGCCUUCGGCCGUCCAUGGCGGAGGUGGUGAGGCUCCUGGCCCAGGGGGCGUCAUCCUCGAUCUCCGCCGUCGGUUUGGCAUCGGACGGCAAGGCGGAUGUAUAAUCCCAAGUACUUUUCCAACCAAUAAUAUCCUACCCGCUUCAAUCACCA